GGGAAAUGUAGUCCGGGGUGGCGCAUGCGCGGCUUCGUCGGGCUGGACGCCGAGGAAGGCGGUUGUCAGGAGGAGCCGAAGAGCUGGGGAGCACGGGUUGACUUUCACACUUGGCGUUAGUCGGCAGGAUUUCGCAAGGAUACCUGGACACCUCUGGACUGAGUCAGUGGCCGACGGCGUUCGGAAGGUCAACAGGAGAAAUAAGGUGCCAUCAGACCCCUUGUGUCUGACUCCUACGUUGACCUCUGGGAACACUGUGGUCCCUCAUCUGAGGUAGAUCUGGUUCACUGCCGAAAUCCGAAAAGAACCAGCAGAGAACAAAGAGAUUCACAGGUAACGAUUAAAAGCAGUUUCCUGCACAAUGUCAAUUACACUGAGAUGGAUGCAUCAGCUAGCACCUAGAGUCUACAAAUUUUGUUCACCCUUUGUACAAUCAGCAGUUCAGCGCCGAGUAGGACAUCCAGCUCUGUUUCUGGACAACUGCAGGCAAUGUGAGGCCCUGUGCAUAACACCGAGCCGUCUACUUGCCACCAAGAAGACCAAAGUGAAAACCAAAGGACAACCAGGACCUCGAGUGAACAUCAACGCUGCUUUAGUGGAGGACAUUAUUAACCUCAAUGAAUUAAAACAAAAUAUGUUGGAAAUCGUAGAGAACCUCAAAGAUGAUUAUGGGAAGAAUCUAAAUAUAAGAACCUCUCCAGGUGCUUUAGAUCAUAUAACAGUUACGACUAGCAAUGGAAAAUUUCCAUUAAACCAUUUGGGUCAAGUCUCCAUGAAAUCGCCUCAACUCAUCUUAGUAAAUAUGACAAGUUUCCCUGAGGCAACAGUGGCUGUCACUGAGGCCAUAAGGGAAAGUGGAAUGAACCUGAACCCUGAAGUGGAUGGGACUCUGAUCAGGGUGCCAAUUCCUAAGGUGACCAGAGAGCACAGGGAAAAUCUAGCCAAACUUGCGAAGCAGAUAACAAACAAGUCAAAAGAAUCACUGCGAAAACUGCGCACUAAUGCUAUUGCACAAGUCAAGAAGUCGAAGGAUUCUGUCUCUGAAGAUACAAUCAAACUGCUGGAAAAGCAGAUUCAACAGAUGGUGGAGGAUGUUACUGCUGACAUGGACAAGCAUCUUGUGGCAAAAACCAAAGAGCUGCUGGGAUGAUCAGGAUGGGGAAAUGAGCUGGGGAUAAGCAAAGCCAUUCCCCCACUUCCUUCCCAAAGCUCAGUGCUCUGUUUGUAGGUACUGGCAGUCAGAGAGUUUAUUCCUGAGACCAUUUUCUUCAUGUUCCUAAAGAAAGAUUUGCAUUUAAUUAGUUCCUUUCACACAGUCCAAAGCUCUGAAGUACUUCCGAAGUGUUAUCACUGUAAAAUGCAGCAGCCAGCUUUACAUACAGGAAGCUGCCCAGCUGAGCUGUGGAGUUCCGGAGCACUGAAUUAUCUUUCAGACCAUAGUCUUGGAGGAUCCUUCAUCUGAUAAAGCAGACAGAGCCUCAUCUCACCUGAAAGAAGGCACCUCUGAUGGCGUAACGUUCCUUCAGUACUGCACCAGCACGUCAGCCCAUAUUUAGCCAUCCAGGGUGAGACUGGAACCGUUGACUUUCUGGCUGCGGUGAGCCAAAGUCGACAUGUUACAUAGCCGCUGAGCUUUAACAAAGUAUUGAAAAUGGACUUACUGUACAGAGCAGUGGGUGCAGAACCCUUGCCCAUUAUUCUUCCCACUCCUCGUUAACUGGGGACAGAGUGUGUGUCAGAUUUGGAUGUUCCUGAUCUCUUUGCUUUAUGACUCCAUUGACGGUCCUUCCACGAUAAUGAUCUGCUGGUGCUUUGCUGUAUCUCCUGAGGACAUGAAUGGUUCUGUAGGUGGAUGCUUUUCUUUCCUACUUUUCCUUAGUCCUGUAUCACACCACAUUGUGCACUGGCCGCUGACGGUACAUUGUACAUUGAUGAGGCUGAAUUACAUUUUCAUCCCACAUGGUUGCUGCUUAGAAAUGGAGAAAAUGAAAUUGACAAUUCCAGCUGAUCUAUACCAGUAACUUCAUUCUGUGAAGCAAAAUAAAUCAGUUUAACUGACGUCAGGAAAAUCCUACACCAUUUUAUCACUUGAAUGAUGUGAAUAAUUGGGAGAUUCUUUUACAACACUGCCAUUAGAAAUUGAGAUUGUAAAAUAAAUAGUUGCUCUUUCUUCACAAAAUUCUCUUCCUAUAGUCCAUAAGCUCUGAGCUGGGCAUAUUUCUUGUAUCAUAAAAGGUAUUGGAUUGCAUGCACACACACACAUGCUUCCUAAAUGUUGGUUUGCAACAGGUGGCUUAGGAAAUAAACAUGAACAACAUUUAUCUGACUGAAUUUAAUGUUUUGCAUCAAAAUCAUGU